GGGUACUAUUGUCGUCGUCUCUGUCAAGCUCCCAGAUUUCGUCCCCUCGCGACAUACCCAAACCAGAAACCAUUCAAAGGCAACAUCAACAACCCAGUUGCCCAAUAUGUCGUUGGUGUCGGGCGAGAAGUCGAACUUCCAGUUCAUUCUGCGUCUCCUCAACACAAACGUUGAUGGAAAGCAGAAGAUCGUUUACGCUCUUACCAAGAUCAAGGGUGUCGGCCGCAGGUACUCCAACCUGGUCGUCAAGAAGGCCGAUGUCGACCUGAACAAGCGUGCUGGUGAGCUCACCUCUGAGGAGCUCGAGCGUGUUGUCACCAUUCUCCAGAACCCCACCCAGUACAAGAUUCCCUCAUGGUUCCUUAACCGUCAGCGCGAUAUCGUCGACGGCAAGGACUCCCAGACCCUUGCCAACGGUGUCGACUCCAAGCUCCGUGAUGACCUGGAGCGUCUGAAGAAGAUUCGUGCCCACCGUGGUCUCCGUCACUACUGGGGCCUCCGUGUCCGUGGUCAGCACACCAAGACGACCGGCCGGAGAGGACGGACCGUCGGUGUGUCCAAGAAGAAGGGUGGUUAAAGAAACAAAACACAAAAAAGGGCAUCAUGGGCUUGGGGAUCAUUGGCCUGUCGGAUGGGUUCUCUGGCUUUGGCGUUCAAUCUCAUUGUUGCGGGCGGUCGGGCGUGUUACGGAUGGUUUCACUGUUGACUGCUCUGCGUGCAUUACAGCCACUGAGCACGCAGGUAGACUAAAUUCAUCAAGGUUCUUUUGCGGGGACGACUAAAUGCGACAAUGCAAUGAAAUUAAAAGGUUCAUCUUUUUUUUUUUAACACCUGUGUCAUGGUCCGAGAUUUUCCGUUGUGAAGGAAGACUGUCGACGUUUUCUAUCCAAGUCAGUGAAGGGGGGCUGAUAAUAUCCAACCGCUGGUCAUAUGUUCCGGUAAACUUGUGUUUGGUUUCUUGAAUACUCAUAACAUGGCGGCAUGGACACCUUUUAGCUCUUUUUUUUUCUUUUUUCUUUUUUUUGGGCUCUUUUUU